AUGGUCUAUUAUUUACCAAUGGAUGCUUACCAAAAUGGCACCUUGAAAAAUCCUUCAGGGCUCUAUGUCAAUGUCUUUGGUGGACCCAAAUUCACCAGAGGUGUCUUAAACAGAGCUUUGGUCAUCCGUGGUCAUCAGUGGAUUCGGGUUGCUGGUCCGGCUCACCGUCAAGAAUGCUUUGGGGAUCUUGAUCUUUGUCCAGAAGGAUACACCAUCAGUUUUUGGUUAAAAUUCCUUUAUCCAAGCUACAAAAAACAAGUUUUCCUAACAAAUGGAGGCGAUCGUUCAGAUUCCCAUGGUAUUGCUAUGCUUUACUCCAAAGGAGUUUUGGAAUUUAUAUUCCGGGACAAAUCAGGAAAUGAGUGGCGUGCUUCGGAUAAAAACGUGUUGCCUGGCCAAUGGUUCAUGACAGUUCAUGAACUGAAGCAAUUAGGACCAAUUUACCAUUAUCACUUGGAUAUGGAUGCCAAGCGAGGAAAAUCCCUCGAUGUAGCCCACAUGGAUGCAAGUAUCUAUGGAAAUGUUUGGCUCAGCCAUGAUGCAGUUAUUGGACGGUCUCUCCAACUUUCAGGUCCAGAGCAAUAUGUCAGCUUGCAGCACCAAGAUAGAGAUACUCUUUUAUACUUGGAUUUUAUUCAACGAGGAAAGCCUCAUUUUGAUUACUUCACAUUUGACCAGAUGAUUGGCAAUCGUAUCAUUCAUCCAUCGAUAAUGAUUGAGACAUAUGGUAAUCCAAAGUUGGUAUCUGGCAAGAUUGGCAAUGCUAUUCAACUUGAUGGUAAAAAUGAGUAUGUAGACAUGAAUGAACAUCCUGGAAAAUGCCUAGGGGAUCUGGAUGCUUGCCCUCAUGGUUUACUCAUGACUACCUGGAUGAGACUGGAUCAUCUCAAAGAUAAUAUGGCAUUUUUCUCCACGGCACUCAAUGGAAUCACAAUGGAAUUUACUGGAGGGAAACUUGUUUUCUCCCUGGCAACAUCAUCCAAAAUGUGGACAGCGAAAAUGGACCCUCGAAGACUUUCUCCUGGAAAAUGGCAAUUCCUUGAAAUUUCUUGGCAUCCUCAGCAUGGGCUUAAGAUUUAUGUAAAUGAGAAUUUGAUUGCAUCUGAUCUAACCAAUGGGGAAACAGCUGUAAAGAGUCAGAAUUUUAGGUUCCAGCAUUCACAAGAUAGGUUUUAUUUAGGCAAGGGAAAAGACACAGGCAAUAAAUUGGUAUUUGGAGCAGUAACUUUUGAUAAUAUUCGCUAUUGGUAUGGUGACCGUGACUACCUGUUGGCCCAUGGCUACCUUCAAAGAGGACGUCCCAUCAACUAUCUCAUUGACAUGGAGAAGAUCAGUGGUAAACGUCUUAUAGAUGAUUCUUUGUACAUUACUGUAAAUGGUGAUCCACAGUUGAUUCCAGGUCGUAUCUUUACAGCUCCUUCAGAGUUACCAUGGCCUCUUGCUUGCUUCUCUGACUAA